CGCUCGUGGUGCCGACGUCUGACGAGCGCGUGCGUGGCUCUGACAGUAAUCAGCUGGUUCUUAGUGCAGGCGGAUCGGGUCGUGUUCGCCUCCUCCUUGUCCCUCGCUACUUUUAUCUACCUCCUACAGCGUCUUUCUAGGACCUCGGUUAUGGACCUGUGAAAUUCCAGACGUCUGCUUUGCAGUUCAGUUCUUCUACAAGAUAACCCACUCACCUUUGUGUUGAAUUUCUGAAAGCCAAGAUGAUUGAGAGUCGUGAGUGGGAGUUUCGCGUUUCUUGUAAACUGCAGCCAGGAGAGCAGAUAUGUGUUGUAGGCAACUGUGAUGCACUGGGCAACUGGGACUCACAGAAUGUGGUCCCUCUCUUUGCUGAGCAUCCUAUUCCAGAGGAAGAAGGCGAAGAACAGGUGUGGUCUGUCUCGGUUCAGAUCCCUCUGACUGAGGUAAAGUAUAGAUACUGUGUGUGCAUCAUCUUGGAAGCACGACCUGGUAUUCAUGAGCGUGCUGUUGUUGUGCGAUCAUGGGAGACUAACAUGCUGCCUCGAAGGAUUCCUGGAGGAGAAUCCAACAUUUCUGACCCCUCUAUUGAGAAAUAUGGAUCAUAUGGGGGCUCUGAACGUGUUGAGAGUGGCUGGCUGGUUAGAGACUCAGUUGUCCAGUUCCGCCUCUGUACCUCAAACUUGUACAACGACCCUGUGAUGCUUUUCAAAAGGAAGUACCAGGAUAAGAAGGUACGCAUCAAGGUGACACCAAAAGAGCUUCACAACAACAGUCCAGGGGAUCCUCACAAUGGCGUUCCUGGGUCAGAAGAGAGCUCGGACUUUGACAUUUCCAACCUCCAGAUCGACAGCAAGCCCAUCUGGCCCAUCACGGAGGUGGCUGUUAUGAAUGAAGAGGAGUGUUUGUUCCAUCCGCAGCCACAGUUUGGGGUUGUUUGCAACACUGGGGAGUACAUUGUGUUCCAGUGUCGAAUGCUCAAUGUUGAAACAAAUGCCUUCCUCUGUGAUUUCUAUAUAGAAGAUGGAAAUGAAGAGCUUCCGCACUAUCUUGGUUGUUCAUACAUCUUGCCUUCAAAUCUGAAGGAAAACUUCGGAGUGGCAACCCUGCCCAUAACAUCCCCCAAGCACACUGCUAUUGGGCAGCUAACAGUUCACUAUAUGGUUGUGUACCCAAUGCCAGUCAGAUGUGACAUGAGUGUUUCUUAUGCUCGUCACUGGAAGGACACCUGGAAAGGCCUGGAGGUGGGCCACAGAGGGGCUGGAAAUUCCUAUCACUCUGAGCCAAAAAGUUGCGCAAAUAUCCGCGAGAACACCAUCGCAUCCCUCAAAUAUGCAGCAGAAAUUGGAGCAGACAUGGUCGAGUUUGAUGUCCAGCUGAGCAAAGACUUGGUGCCUGUUAUAUAUCACGAUUUUCAUGCGUGCAUUGCAUUGAAACGCAAAAAGGAACAGGACAAAACUGACCUUCUAGAAAUACCAAUCAAGGAUCUCACCAUCUCCCAACUGCAAGCUUUGAAAGAUCUGAGUCACCUCAAAGAAGGCGUGCCGUGUGAUGUCCUCUCAUACUGUGAUCACGAAGACAUGGUCUAUCAUAAAACAGAGAAGGGACUGAGUAGGUUUUCGGAUGAGGACUUCGAGGACCACCAGCCUUUCCCAACGCUACAGAAGGCCCUAGAGUCUGUUCCUUAUACAUGUGGCUUUAAUGUAGAAGUCAAGUGGACAAUGCAGAUGAGGGACGGAACAUACGAGCUCCAACAUCCUUUCGAGCUGAACCGCUUCCUAGAUCUCAUUAUCGAGUCUAUUCUGGAACACUCAGGCAAGAGGAAGAUCAUCUUCUCAUGCUUCCACCCUGACAUCUGUACCAUGCUGCGCCUCAAGCAGAACCGCUACCCAGUCAUGUUCCUGACACAGGGUAUCUCGGAGGUCUGGCCACCCUAUGAAGACCAGCGCACCACCACCAUCAGACAUGCAGUGCUCUACUCAACCAAUGCAGAUAUUUUGGGAAUAAACGUGCACACAGAAGAUCUGAUGCGUGACCCACUCCAGGUCCAGAUGGCCCUUGAGCACGGUUUGAUCGUCUUCUGCUGGGGAGACCACAACAACGACCAGGAGAAUAUAAAGUUUCUCAAGAGCAUUGGGCUUCAUGGCAUUAUUUAUGAUAAAAUUGAUGUGUAUAACACGAAAGUCAAGAAGGAAAGUGUAUUCUUAUGCGAGGAAAGAGAGGCAGGAAUAAACUCAAACGGAACCAGUUCUGACAUACAAGAAGCCAUCCACUCAUAAAGUGACUCCUAUUUAUAUAUAUUUAUGUAUUUAUAAUUUGUAUGUAUUAUAUACAUAUUUAUUUAUGUGUGUAUGUAUGUGUGUGUGUAUUAUGUAUAUGUGUAUAUAUACAUACACACUUAAAUAUCUGUGUAUACUUUUACAUAUGUUUAAAGUCAAUAGUGGAUGAAGGAAUAGCUGAGAAAGCAUGGCAGAACAUCACAAGAAAAUGGAACAAUGGUGAAGGAUGCAAUGACAAUGUUUUUUCUUCAUUAGCAUAUUCUUUCUUUUCUUUCUGGUUCAGAUAUUUGCAGUUUGCUGUAACCAGCCCAACUCUAUAACAUAUGGAAGUUGGGUGAAAAGGAUAUAGUUCUCUCUCUCUCCCUCUCUCUCUCUCAUUCUUUUAUUGCUUUCAGUGAAACAUAUUGAAAUGUAUAAUCAGAGUUUGAUUAUAGUGGAGAUACUAAUUUGUGUAAUGAAUCUUAUCAUUGUGAAAGUUUAGACCCUAAUUAGGUUUAUGCAACCAUCAUAUUUACUUGAAUACAAGCUGUGCAAGGUGCAGAGAGAGACUUUUCAGCACUUGUAAUUUAUGCAGAAAAUCUUAGACUACACAUACCACACUGCUUCAAAAACUUGCACCUUUAUCAUAGUCAUUCGGCUGCUAUGCAGUAGAGUUCCAAUAUUUACAUGUUUGCAUGUGAACUUACCAUGACUAUUAUGUCACUGUGUAUCGAACAGUGACUUCAGGAUUUCAUGACAUGUUGUAAUGUCUAGAUAUUUAUGAUGAUACCUUUUAUCAAGUGACAUGUGAGGUAACUUGCAUGUCUUAUAAGCCACAAGAUAUCCGGCAUUAGACGUGCACAGGUAAUGCUGUUAUGAUAAGAAUCUGAAGUUUAAUAAGGUUUUCAGCAUUGAUAUCAGCUUUACUUCCGAUUCUCUUGAAGUAUUUUGAGAAAUGACAAAGCUUAACCCAUAGCUAAUGAUUCCAGUAGUUUAGAAAUCAGCCAAUUCUGAGAUAGAUGCAUCUCUCAUUUUUGUAUUUCGUGUGAUUGCAUUGGUAUUACAAUUUCUGAUUAACUGUGUACUUGCACAAAUAUUGCUUGACAUGCCCACUGAAGGUCCUUAAUAUCUUAGUAAAACCAUUGUUAUAGAAAAAGAAAUUGAAAUUGGUUGUUGAUGAUUUUUUGGGGGAAAAAUAGAAAAUGAAAUUAGCAAAGGUAAUAAAGACCAGGUACCUGAAAAGUAAAAUAGGGUGAUGUUUGUGUGGUUCAUUAUAUUUCUGUGCCAUUUUUUGCCAAUCUAAAAAUGAUUAAUACCUUCUUUUUUUUUCUCCUUAAGGUUAGCAUAUUGAAAGGCAAAUGAUAUAAGAAGCAAACACACACACACACACGCAUACACACACUCACACACACACUCACACACACUCACACACACUCACACACACUCACACACACUCACACACACUCACACACACACACACACACACACACACACACACACACACACACACACACACACACACACACACACACACACACACACACACACACA